AUGGAGCACUUCUUGGAGCUGCCGCCCCUGCGGUGCACCUGGCGGACGCAGCAGUCCUCCGCCUCCUCUAGCCCUUCAGAACCCACGAGACGAAGUGUGGACUCAGAGAUGCCAAUCUCCUGGAUCUCGGAUCACACAGAGAUUCGGCGACUCACAAGGACCAGCAUCGAGAGUUGGGAAAGUCCAAAGUCUCUGAACUGUUUGCGCGUCUUUCCCGGGACAGCCAUGGUGAUAGAGGGCUCGCCAUCCUCCUGGGCUUCCAGCGACACCGAAGCGGUGGACCCGGAGGAGAGUUCUGCUUCGGGCGCCCCCGAGGGCGUGACCUGCAGACAUCCUCCCAGGAGACCGGUGAAAUCGGUGAAGGUUUCGUGGCCUGAAGGCGUGACCAAGCCGCUGCCUCCCAAGCGGCCCGUGAUCCAGGCUGCAGUGCGUCAAGCCUUGCGUUGGGCGCAGAAGGCAGAUGGUGGUGUCUGGACCUUGACGAAAAAGUAG